AUGUACUUCUUCCUGCUCAACCUCGCCCUCCUCGACCUGGGCGCCAUCUCCACCAGUCUCCCCAAAUCCAUGGUGAAUUCCCUCUGGGACACCAUGACCAUUUCAUACAUGGGAUGUGCUGCACAGCUCUUUUCAUUUGUCUUCUUGGUAGUGGCAGAGUAUUCAAUGCUCACGGUCAUGUCGUACGACCGCUACGUUGCCAUCUGCAAACCCCUGCACUACAGGACCCUCCUGGGCAGCAGAGCUUGUGUCCACAUGGCAGCAGCUGCCUGGGCCACUGGGUUUCUCAGUGCUCUGCUGCACACGACCAAUACAUUUUCACUGCCCCUGUGCAAGGGCAAUGCCCUGGGCCAGUUCUUCUGUGAAAUCCCCCAGAUCCUCAAGCUCUCCUGCUCACACUCCUACUUCAGGGAAGCUGGGCUUCUUGUGGUUAGUAUAUUAGUAGUAUUUGGCUGUUUUGUGUUCAUUGUGGUGUCCUAUGUGCAGAUCUUCAGGGCGGUGCUGAGGAUCCCCUCUGAGCAGGGACGGCACAAAGCCUUUUCCACCUGCCUCCCUCACCUGGCUGUGGUCUCCCUGUUUGUCAGCACUGGUGUGUUUGCUGACCUGAAGCCCCCCUCUAUGUCCUCCCCAUCCCUGGACCUGGUGGUGUCUGUUCUGUACUCGGUGGUGCCUCCAGUGGCCAAAAAGGCCACCAGCAUCCUGGCUUGUAUCAAGAAUAGUGUGGCCGGCAUGACUAGAGAAGUGAUUGUGCCACUGCUCUCGGCACUGGUGAGGCCGCACCUUCAAUCCUGUGUUGAGUUUGGGGCCCCUCAUCUCAAGAAGGACAUUGAGGUACUAGAGAGAGUGAAGAGGAGGCGACAAAGCUGCUCAGUGUCUGGAGCACAAGUGUGA